AUGGCGGCAACAGGUGUAUACGCUUCGCUUCGGUGUCGCGAUCGCAACGUUACUUUAGGGUAAACAAUCUCGUCCCGGAUCGUCGAACGACGCAAAAAUGAACGAGUCGGGGACGUGGGUGCAGGCCAGCGAGGACGGGAGCUACGAGCAACGGAAACCGAGUCACGUCAGGCGGCUGAAUUUCGGUCAGUCGAUUCUAACCUUACACGUGGUCAAGCAGUUCCAGGGGCAAAAGGACGGCGCGUUAUCGCUGGAUCGGGACGUGACGACGAUACCGUGCACCUCGAAGGGCGAGUUCGUCCGCAAGUGGAUCGAGACGCACAGAGAUCUGGCCCGAUUCGACUCGGACGAGUCGGCCUCGACGUCUCCUGUUUUGGCUUCGAGGCCGAGCAAACGCCAGGUACGAUCCCCGGUCUCGUGCGACCGCCGGAAACGCGCCAAAAGGAAAGACGAACGCGAAGGCUCGCGCGAGAGGAAACAGACGGCUGCCGGGCAGCAGCAGCAGCAGCAGCUUCGUCCGCUCGAGAAGAACGCUGCCGAUCGGCUGUCGCGCGACCAGAGAAAGGAAAACGUUCGAAGGAAUCUCUUCCGGUCGGAAUCGACGGCGGACAGGUUCGUCGAAUCCAGUGCCGCCGUGUCGCCGGUUCUCGGCGGGCGACAGGCUUUCCGCGAACCCAACGGGAAGCGAGUGGACGGCGAGACCUCCCAGAGGAAGCCUUUGCGUCGGAUCGAAAACGAGAACCGAGAGAAUCCAUGCACCGCGGACACCUCGCCCGUCAUCUGCGGCAACUCCUCCCACUAUCGGUUCAAGCGAACCAGACCGAACAAGAGCAUUCGCGGGAACCUAUUCCGCGGUCAGAAACGACGCGUUCUCGCCAGCGAGUUGGGGGACUGUUCGCGAGAGGACGCCUCGAAGCUGCUUCGACGAUCCACGGAAGAAAAGAAGAAUACCGACAUAUCGGAAGACUCGCCCGGAUCGGAAUUAUCGGUCUCGGAAAAACGGUUGGACAUCGAGGAAAGUCCAGAGGAUGCGCGACACGCGGAAGGAAUCGAGAUCGAGAUCGAGUCCGUGCGCGAAGGCGACGACGACGGCGAGAGGGAAGACGUCGCGGAUCCUAGCGGCGACGAGAACCAUCCCAGCAUCCGGAUAGAAGACGAGGACACGCAACAACCGCAUGCCCUUUCCCUCGUUCGGAUGGACGAGAGCUCGUCCACUCGUUCGAUCCCCGUCGCGGCCGGUUCCGCCUGUUCCCCAGCGUCCAACAAAGAUUCCGAUCGGACGUUCUUCUCGCGAGCGGAACGAACUCGGUGCGCUUCCAUCGUCGCGCAUCCUUCGCAACGGAUAUCGCAGAUCUCGUCGCAGGCCAACGCGCCGGGCAACGACGAGUCCGCGCGAACGGGGAUUAUCAGCGGCGAGGGAUUCUCGCCGCGACGAACGCGUUCGGACCCGCCGGCGCAGUUCGGUCUCUUAGAAUCGACCAAGAAAAGGAAAAAGCCGAAAAAAGGCAGCUUGUCGGCGAAAUUGCAAUCGAUGAUCAGCAGGCAGGGAUCGUUCCUGCGCAUAUGGAGGCACCACUUUAAGCAGACGACCAAAGACAAGCACGCUCUACCGUACGUUACCGUUCACGCCCGAAAAUGCGUGUUCAGCUUCGGCAGACAGUUCCUGGAGGGAAUCGCGACCGAGGAUCCGUUCAACCUACUGCCCUCCCUGGGUGAUACUCCUUUCCCCAGACUCGUCAACGUCAUGACGAUUCCCGAAAUCGUCGGCAAGAUCGAUUCAAGAUUUCCGUGCACCGUGCAAAUUUUCCCUCCGUGGGACAUCUUGGACGAGAAGGAGUUGACCUUGAACGUGACGUACAUCAAAGUCGAAAAACACGACGAAACGACACGCGACGAACAAAACGAGACAGGGAAAACGCGCGUCGAACGAUCGAUCGUUAAAGAGUUCGAUUGCCUCUGUAUUCGUACCGGCACAAUGAAUCCUACCUGUAGCGAUCGCCUCGACAAACCCGACGUUAUAGCAAAACUAUUCGACGUCGACGAAUAGUACCGCGCUAGGUUACCUUCUUACGAGCGACGAUCUAGUCGCGGUCGUAUUAACUUUAGUAGUUACAUGAUUUAACGAGGUCUUGAAUUUCGUAGUUUCUCUGAUCUCAUCAACGUAAAUUGUUUAAUAUAUAAAUAAUAUAUAUAUACGUAAAUAUAUAGAGAGAUAUGUAGUAUAUAAAUAUUAUAAUAUUGUUAUUGUUCUCAUGGAAAUAUUCUAAUAAAUUUGUUAA